AUGUACGAUGGAACCGGAGACCCCGACGAUCAUAUCGCACAAUAUAAACAGAGGAUGCUAGCGGUUGCGCUCCCCAAGGAGUCCCGUGAGGCUACCAUGUGUAAAGGGUUCGGCUCCACUCUAAUUGGACCUGCCUUGCAUUGGUAUAUCAAUCUCCCUACCAGGUCCAUCUCUUCCUUUGCCGGCCUGAGCGACAAGUUCAUAGAACAAUUCGCGAGUAGCAGGAGCCUGGAGAAGACUUCGGACGGUCUCUACGAGAUCCUCCAGCAUCGAGUAGAACCCCUGCGGGACUACAUAGCCCAUUUCAAUGAAGAGAAGGUAGCGGUCCCUGAAUGCAGCAUCCCUACCGCAAUCUUUGCCUUCAAGAAAGGCCUACUUCCAGACGGAGGGCUCGACAAAGAGCUAACCAUGUACCCUUGCAAAACCAUGGAGGAUGUGCUAUCCCGAGCGUGGGAACAUGUGAAGUUGGAAGAGGACGUCGCUAGCCGCGCAAGGCUCAACCCAAACAGGAGACCGAGAAGAAAGAUCCUCCCAAAAGGGAUCCAAGGACUCCAGAAGCAGGAACCGGGGCAGGUUCCAAUACCAGCCAUUAGAAAAAGAAGAGGGGAUGUCUGGGUCUACCUGGCCCGAUAUCUCCCAUCUCUCAAUAUCCACACCAGAGCUGGUCAACAAGCUGAGGCAGAUGGUCCAACAGGACUCUGGUGCGACUUCCAUCGCGAUCAUGUCCACAAAACUGAAGACUGCGUCACCCUGAAGAUCGAGGUCAACGAACUUCUCCAAAAGGGGCAUCUCCAAGAAUUCCUUUCAGAGAAAGCCAAGGCUCAUCUUAGCAAAGAAUCAUCAGGGAAAUCCAAAGGGGACGCACCAAGCUCACCACCUAGCCAGAACCGGGUGAUUCAUGUCAUCUCAGGAGGCUCUGAGGUAAGUGGUGUGAGUCAUGCAACUGCGAAGAAGAGCACCCGUAAUGCUAAACACGGCCUAGAGACUACUCAACCUAAACGCCUACUUCUAAAUACCGACGAGAUAAGCUUCACAGCCAAAGAGCAAGAGAGGAUAUUAACUCCCCACCAUGACGCUCUAGUUGUCUCUCUCACCAUAGCGAACUGUUUGGUGAAAAGAAUACUAGUAGACAACGGGUCCUCCAGCAAUAUCAUCUUUCGGACGGUGUACCAAGACCUAGGGCUAGAGGAGAAUACCCUGACGCACAAAGUAACCCCACUCAUCGGGUUCAGCGGCGAGGUCAAGCAAACCGCUGGGGAGAUUGUUCUGCCAGUAUAUGAUGAAGGGAUCAGCCUAUCUACCAAAUUCCUGGUCGUGGACUGCCAAUCGGCAUACAACAUGAUCUUAGGACGACCCUGGAUUCACCACAUGGGAGCAGUCCCCUCAACCCUCCAUCAAAUAGUGAAGUUCCCUACACUGUGGGGCAUCAGAGCAAUCCGAGGAGACCAGGAGAAUUCUAGGUCCUGCUACCAGACAACCUUAAAAGGGAAGACCAAGAGAGCUUACGCCGACCGCUUCGCAUGGCCUCCCCUAAAAACCUGCAAGGCUGCACCUGCUCGUAAAAUCUGGUCCCCACAGGACCCUCGACCUCCGCCUCACAUAGAUAAGAUAGGCAGAAGCUUCAACAAUUAUCAACCAGCGAUCUCACAGAUAAACGAGUGGGGCACAAACACCUCAACAAAACCCCCUCGGAAGAGAGCUCCAAGCAGGAACCAGACGGAGAUAGGAGACCUCUGA